AAAAUCUCCACACGCCCUGUGCUCCGCUCAGCCACACCGGUGCGGUUUAUUUGCUGUAGGCUCGCGCUCGCGCCGACGGCCAAAUUAAGAGGGCAUGAUGAGUCGCGCUCGCACGAGCCGCUCGCGAGCACGGCGCCACUGAACGCCUGGAUGAGAUAAAAGCGCGCGGCUCAGCCUCUGCCUCUGUUUUGUUCUCGCGCACCGGCUGAGCGCUCGCGCUGCGGUAUCCGCGCACAAGAGAGAAGGGGAGAGAGAGAGAGAUAGAGAGAAGGAGAGUGCGCGCGCGAGCGAGACACACUUAACCGCGAAAUGGUCCUGUGCGUUUUGGGGUUUCUUUUCCUGCCACUGUGUCUCCAGCUGGUCGGGUUUAUCGACGGCUCGCGAAUAGAAUGUGAGCCAUCGCAGUUCCAAUGUGGGAACGGCCGCUGCAUCCCAUCCGUGUGGCAGUGUGACGGUGACGUGGACUGCACUGAUGAGAGUGACGAGAACACAUGUGUGAGGAACACGUGUGCGGCCCAGGACUUUAUCUGUCGCAACGGCCAGUGCCUCCCCAAGAGAUGGCACUGCGAUGGAGAACCUGACUGCGAAGACGGCUCGGACGAGAGCGCAGACGUGUGUCACAGCAGAACUUGCCGUAUGAAUGAGUUUAGCUGUGGCACCGGCUCUACACUGUGCAUUCCUGUGUCUUGGAAGUGUGACGGCGAGAGAGACUGUGACAACGGAGAAGACGAGACGAGCUGCGGUAACAUCACCUGUUCUCCUCUGGAAUUCACCUGCGGCAGUGGUCGCUGUAUCUCCCAGAACUUCGUGUGCAACAGCGAGGACGACUGCGGUGAUGGUACGGAUGAACUAGACUGCGCCCCCUCCUCCUGCGACGCUAACCAGUUCCAGUGUGGAAACACCACCUGCAUUCCUAUCAGUUGGGUGUGUGACCGCGACGUCGACUGUCAGGACCAAUCGGAUGAGUCCCCCCUGCACUGUGGGAAGAACCCCACACCGGCAGCGAAAUGCUCGAUUAGCGAGACGCAGUGCGGCUCAGGGGAGUGCAUUCACCGGAAGUGGCGCUGCGACGGAGAUUCCGACUGCAAAGAUGGCAGCGACGAGAAAAACUGCCCUCCUCGCUCCUGUCGCCCGGACCAAUUUAAGUGUGACGACGGCAGCUGUAUCCAUGGUAGCCGGCAGUGCAACGGUUUCCGGGACUGUGCCGACGGCACGGAUGAAGACAACUGCAAAAAUUUGACUCAGUGUAGCGGCCCAGACAAGUACAAGUGUCGGAGCGGGGAGUGUAUCGAGAUCAGCAAAGUCUGUAACAAAGUCCGUGACUGCACUGACUGGAGCGAUGAACCAAUUAAAGAAUGCAAUCUGAACGAGUGCCUCAUCAACAAUGGCGGAUGCUCGCACCUGUGCCGCGACCUGGUGGUCGGCUACGAGUGUGACUGCACGCCUGGGUUGCAGCUCAUCGAUCAUAAAACCUGUGGUGAUAUCAAUGAGUGUCUGAAUCCUGGGAUCUGUAGUCAGAUUUGCAUCAAUUUGAAAGGAGGCUACAAAUGCGAGUGUCAUGAGGGUUAUCAGAUGAACUCUAGCACAGGAGUGUGUAAAGCUGUAGGCAAAGAACCUUCUCUGAUCUUCACAAACCGGAGAGAUAUCAGAAAGCUGGGGCUGGAAAGGCGUGAAUACACACAGAUAGUAGAGCAGCUGCGCAACACUGUGGCCCUGGAUGCAGACUUCAACCGUCAGAAGAUCUUCUGGGCUGACCUGGGACAGAAAGCCAUCUUCAGUACAGCACUGGACAAGCGUGAAGACACAAGCAGCCAUACCAAAGUGAUUGAUGUCCAGAUGCCUGUGGGGAUAGCGGUGGACUGGAUCUACAAGAACAUCUACUGGUCAGACCUGGACAGUAAGACGAUAGCUGUGGCCAAUUUCAACGGCACGAAGCAGAAAGUCUUGUUCAACAAGGACCUAAAGGAGCCAGCUUCCAUCGCAGUGGAUCCUCUUUCUGGGUUCCUGUACUGGUCUGACUGGGGUGAACCAGCUAAGAUUGAGAAGUCUGGAAUGAACGGGGUAGACAGACAGGUCCUAGUUGAAACAGACAUUCAGUGGCCCAAUGGUAUUACCCUUGAUCUGAUCAAAAGCAGACUUUACUGGGUGGAUUCCAAACUGCACUCACUGUGUAGUGUGGAUCUGAAUGGAGAUAACCGGAAAAAAGUCCUGCAGUCCCAAGACUACCUGGCUCACCCCUUUGCCCUCACGGUAUUUGAGGAUCGAGUUUUCUGGACAGAUGGUGAGAGUGAAGCUAUUUAUGGUGCAAACAAGUUUACAGGAUCAGAUGUGGUGAUGCUAGCCAGCAACCUGAAUGAACCACAGGACAUCAUUGUCUACCAUGAACUCGUACAGCUGUCCGGUACCAACUGGUGCAACGAGAAAAUAGAAAAUGGAGGCUGUUCCUACAUGUGCCUGCCUGCACCUCAGAUCAACAAACACUCCCCCAAGUAUACAUGUGUGUGUCCCAAAGGUCAGGAGCUGGCCUCAGACGGCUUACAGUGCAGACCAGUGGCAUCUACAGCUGUUCCACAAGAUGAAGGGCGGGUGCUCGUACACCCCACACAUCCUCCAGAAAGAAAUCUCAGCACUGCUAUACAUGAGGUGAAAUCAGCCAAGGGAUCAGCUGCAGCCUGGGCGGCUUUGCCAGUGUUGUUGCUGGCCAUGACUGCAGUUGGUGGUUACAUAAUGUGGCGGAAUUGGCAGAUAAAGAAUAAAAAGAGCAUGAAUUUUGACAACCCGGUGUAUCUGAAGACUACAGAGGAAGACCUAAACAUUGACAUCAGUAGACACACUGCCUCAGUUGGACACACGUAUCCUGCUAUUUCUAUAGUCAACACAGAAGAUGACAUGCCAUAACCAUGCCUCUACACUGCUCCUGUUUAUGAACUGUCCACUUGGGACUCUCACCAAACACUGCUGUUCCAGCAGGCUGACAGUCAGAUGCCUUCCGAAGUGCAUUUCUCCAUUGUUUCUUAGGAGUGGUGUGUGUGUCGUGUGUGUGUGUGUGUUUGAGAGAGAGAAAAAUAUGACGACUUGCUUCCUUCUCACAAUAAACAUGCCCAAAGCAUUAUAUAACUGAGGAUGUGGCCUUUUACUGAUUCUGCCACAAUCUUGGUCCAUGCAAAGUGACUGACCAACUCGACAGCUCUCACUCUUGAGGAGACGAACAAUUGGACCAGAGACCAAGAAUUUGGACGUGGUCAGUGCUGUUGAACAGUUUGUUUUGGGCGAAUGAAUGUUUAGAUGAAAUCUGAAGUUUUAGGCAGCCAUGUUGAAAAUGUGAGUUUCUUUUCUUUUCUUUUCUUUUCUUUCUUUCUUUCUUUCUUUCUUUUUCUCAUUGAGGAAUAUUUACCUCCAGAAGCACAUUCUUAUCAUGCUUCUUAUGUCUAUCCUGGGGAAAACUAAACUCUAUAAGAGGAGUGACGUUGGAACGUUUGUAAAAUGCUGUAAAUAUCCCUAACUUAAAGAGUAAUCAGGAUUCUCCAAGCACUUUGGUCAAAUGGUCAUGUCCUGUGUAAAUAAGAUUGUAUACAAUUGACAAUUUUGCUAUGGUGGGGUAUAUAGUACCAGGGGUAGAUUUAAAAUGUAUUUAAAAAAAAAAAAAAAAAAAAAAAGGUUUGUUAAACUAUUUUCUAUGUUUGUGCUGUUCCUGUAACCUUUUUAUAGCAUUGUACAGGAAGGAGUAAAUGCUCUGUAUCGAGGAAAUUUGCAAAUACUUCAAAUAAAAGGAAAUGGUCAGUUGUA